AGUCUUUUACACUCAACUCCCAAAACCCCCGAGACCCGAAUCCGAUCCACCCAAAAUGCCGCCGAAACCCGAGUCACUCCACCCGGGCACCGCCACUGCCACCGCCCACUCUGACCACUCUUCGGGCUCCAUCGAUCCAAUCGUCCACCUACUCCAGAUCCUCCCCUACAGCUUCCUCCGGCCUCCUCGCCUCCGCCUCAAGCUCCCAACCCUAACCCUCCCCUCCCCCAUGACCGUCUUCGCCCUCGUCCUCCUCACCUACUUCAUGGUUGUCUCCGGCUUCGUUUACGACGUCAUCGUCGAGCCCCCCGGCAUCGGCUCCACCCAGGACCCCCGGACCGGGGCGGUCCGACCCGUCGUCUUCCUCCCGGGCCGGGUCAACGGGCAGUACAUAAUCGAAGGGCUCUCUUCGGGGUUCAUGUUCGUGCUCGGCGGUGUCGGAAUUGUGCUGAUGGAUCUGGCUUUGGAUCGGAACCGGGCUAAGAGCGUGAAGGUCUCGUACGCCACUGCUGGGAUCUCUUCGGUUGUUCUUGCCUACGUUAUGAGUAUGCUCUUUAUUCGCAUCAAGAUCCCUGGUUAUCUUCAUUAGCUUUAUCUUACAGAUUCUGGAACUUUAAUUAUGCUUCAGUUUUCGACUCUGAUUUAGAUAUGGUUAUGCUAUAUAUUUCAACUGUCAUUUUAGACUUUGUCAUGUUAUUGCUUUAUCAUAAUCUGAGCAUGAGAGUAUCACAACAGUUGUGUUUGUCUGAGCUUCCCUGUGGCCUUCCUAUACUGAAAUUCUAGUGAUAAUAUCAUGGAGGAAUUGGUAUGACUGAACAAUUGUGAACUAUGACAUGAGAUACGUAUUGAAAUUGUGAAUAUUAAUGAUAGUGGUGUGGUCUGCAUUAUGAU